AUGGAGGGUGUUCGCCUUCUUCGUGAUUCUAUGCGUUCUGAGCGGCGACUCAGUGACUCAUCUUUGUCACUUGCGGAACAGGCUAGAUAUGGUUAUGCGUUCUCUCAAGACGAAACCGGUGCUGUGGCGCAGACGGAGUUGGUGCGUCACACCGACUCGACGAUGGCGAAACCUUCAGGGUUAUGA